UCCUCGGGCAUCAUGGCGGAAGACGGGUCCGAGAGGCCGGCUGUCAUGGCAACCGUGCCCGGCGUGACGGAGCGCUAUUUCACCCGCUGGUACAAGCCCGAUGCAAAAGGUAAUCCGUGUGAGGACCAUUGCAUAUUGCAGCAUUCCAACAGAAUUUGUGUCAUUACUCUAGCAGAUGCCCAUCCACUUUUACAAAAGGGAAAAGCAAUUGAGAGAAUUAGCUACCAGAUCAGCGCCAACUGUAGCAGGCUGCAGAAUAAAGUCUCUGGAAAGUCAAAACGGGGCGCUCAGUUUCUGACAGAACUUGCUCCUCUGUGUCGCAUUUUCUGUUCUGAUGGGGAGGAAUAUACCAUAUACAGCUGCAUAAGAGGGAGAUUGAUAGAAGUGAACGAAAGCAUUCUCGACAACCCGUCCCUCCUACAGCAAAAGCCUUACUCAGAGGGAUAUAUUGCAGUUGUUCUACCAAAGUUUGAAGAAAGCAAGAGUGUAACUCAGGGGCUUUUGACACGGAAAGAGUAUGAAGAGGUUUUGUCAAAACGUUUUAAUUGUACACUGUGAUGAACUACUUCUACAAACAGCAGAAAAUACAUACAAUGAGAACUAAAUAUUUGAUAGUUGAAAUGCUUAGGGCAGCUUCCAGUAUAUCCCAAGACAAAGUGACUUUUGCGGACAACAGCGACUGAAUAAGGAAUUCUUCAAUUUAUUAUCACAACAAGAUUGAAAAGCUUCUCAUUUUCACCAGACAGAGCAAACUGAACCAUUUACUGAAUGUCAAGCUCAUGUUUAAGGCCGCAGUCCUAAAAACAUAAGGGGGAGGGGGGGGUAAGCUUUUAAGUAAGCAUGCGCAGGAUUGAACACCACCAUCAAAUGUUAAUCCGAUGUCCAAACCCUAAACUGUAGCUUGAUCGUGCCCUUAUGUACUGCACGAAAGUACACGGCCAGUGCUGAAAUACUAUCCUGCUCCUUUUAAACAUUAAAAGAUUUUAAUGUCAAUAAAGGCUUUUAAAAAGAUCCA